GCAGAGCUGAGAAAUAGGGACGAUGGAGGAAGAAAACAGGAAAAGAUGAAAGGGAAAGUGCAGGAAAAAAGGAAAAGAUGUGCCACUAUGAAUAUAAAUGUGAGUGACCGUAGAGAGGCAGACAUGGAUAAACUGUAUUUUCCUAAUAAAUGAAACCCUCAUGCUUCCAGUGGCAUCCUCCUUUGAGUCUGUCCCCUCCCCCCACAUCUGUAAAGAUCUGCUGACUGGCUUCUAGAGCUGUUCAUCACACUGCAGCCAUCCUGUGAUAGGCUCGUGUCCUAGCAGGCUCCCAGUGUCUCAUUGGAUGGCUGAUAGAUGCAGUGCAGGGGGUGGUGGGGGCAGGCUGGAUGCUGUGAUGGUCUGAAGCAUUUGGCUCCUUCCCCUUUAAACAGCACAGCAGCGUGCUGGGAUCUACCUCUGAGACACAUCCCCGACUCCUGUGUUUUUAUUUUGGCUUUAUUGUUCCAAGGACUGCUCUUUUCAUCUGCUGCCACCCUGUUUAGUAGAUGCAGACUGGUGGACAUGAAAGCAAAUACUUGAGGAUUACUGGGAUAUUCCUGCAUUAAAGCGUUGAGGUGCUCAUGUGCACCUAUGCAUUAUAUUUUCAAGUAUACACUGCCGGUGAGCUGCACAUGCGGUUGUCAUUGAUUGUUGGUGGUGGUGGUGGUGGUGGUGUGUAAACCAUCCAGCCCUCCUCUCUCCUGGGACCAGAGAGGACGGAUUGGGGGCCAAGAAAUCUGGAGGUUCUUCACAGCAUCUCCUUUUAUGGAGGGCACCAGCUGUCUGAGAAGAUAAAGAGCAGCAUAACAAAACAACGAGCUGUGAACAACCACUUCUCUACUGUCUCACUGUGCAUACGACGAAGAGCAUUUUGUCUUCGACAGGCGUGGGUUUCAUCCUGGUCAUCGAUCGUCGGCAAGACCGAUGGGCGGCCGUCAAGGGGACCCUGCUUCGUAUCGCAGGCUCCUUCCCAGGAACCUCCAGCUGGUUCUGGUUCUGAGGCCCACCACCCUCCUGCAGCGUACUCUCUCCGACAUCCUCUUCAAGUUCAACAAGGAUGAGUUCAAGAUGAAGGUGCCGGUGAUUAUGCUGAGCUCAAUAACUGAGCUGCACUCCUACAUCGACCGCUCCCAGCUGACCCUGGAACUCGGAGGAACGCAGGAGUACUGCCAUGACAAGUGGAUCUCUCACCGCACUGCUAUCGAAGGCUUCGCACUGAUGGUAAAGAGAACCGCGCAGAUGCUGCAGUCGUUUGGGACUGAACUGGCUGAAACUGAACUACCCAAUGAAAUCCAGGCCACAACCAUCCUGCUGAGCACACACACCCACAAGAAAGACAAAAUGAAGGAGGAUCUGCAGGUGGCUCUGGGUCAGGGCGGCAGGCUGCUGGAGAGCAUCAAUGAGCCUGUGGUGCAAGACCCCGACCACAACAUGAACCAGGAUGAGCUGGAGAACCUGGCUACAGUGCAAAGACUGUUGUCUCAGCUGGACGAGACGAAAACGGCUUUCGACGAGUUCUGGGUGAGGCAUCAAACCAAACUGGAGCAGUGUCUCCAACUGCGCCACUUUGAGCACAACUACAGAGAGGUGAGGGCUCUGCUGGAUCAGGUGUCUGAGAAACUUGCAACCUUCUCUGAGGUGGGGAUCAGCCCGGCCCACGCUGACCAUAUCUUCUGUGAACUCACCACCUAUGAGGAGAGAGUCUGUGAGGUGCUGGACAGAGCCUCGUCGUUGGCUCGUGAGGGUGAUGAACUGAUCCAGAACUCCCACUAUGCCGAAGACUCCAUUCAGCCCAAAUGCAGCGAGCUCAGAGCGAUCAGUGAGAAUGUGAGCAGCAACCUGAGGGCCAAGAAGGACCACCUCCUCAAAGCCAUGGAGCUGCACCGCUGUUUGGAGAGAGCUUCUAAAUGGGUUGAUGAUGGUAUAUACCUGCUGGCGUCUCAGCCAGUAGACAAGUGUCAAUCACAUGAGGGGGCGGAGUUAGCCCUGAAGGAGCUGGAGCGUUACCUGGACAACGCCAGCCAGAACCAACUGACAGACCUCAGUACCAUCUGGGGAGAAUAUGAGGCAGUGCUCAACCAGCAGUUCAGAGACCAAGUGGAGAAGGUUUUCCAGAAGCAGGCGUCCAUGCAGGAGAUGUUUGACAAGAGGAGGGUCAGCCUGAAGAAGCUAGCAGCCAAACAGACCAGGCCGGUGCAGCCGGUCGCUCCCAGACCUGAAGCCUUCAUCAAAUCCCCUCUCAGCUCGCCCGCACACAGAGCACAGCAGGAGAGGAAGUGCUCAGAGGCCGACUCUGGGAACAACUGUGAGAAAGUGAGUGAGGGAAACGACCAACUGCAGAACGGAGACAGCAACAGCAGACAUGCCUCGCUGUCAGAGGAGGAGGAGAACCUGGCGGUGCUCAGGAGACACGUUAUGAACGAGCUGCUGGAAACCGAGAGAGCAUACGUGGAGGAGCUGCUCUGUGUAUUACAGGGGUAUGCCUCUGAGAUGGAUAAUGCAGCGAUGGCUCACCUCAUCCCUGCUCCUUUGCAGAACAAAAAGGAGAUUCUGUUUGGCAACAUGACAGAAAUUUACCACUUCCACAAGAGGACGUUUCUGAGGGAGUUGGAGCAGUACACCGACUGCCCACAGUUGGUAGGAAGGUGUUUUAUAGAGAGGAUGACAGACCUGCAGAUUUAUGAGAAGUACUGUCACAACAAGCCUCGCUCUGAAAGCCUUUGGAGGCAGUGCUCAGACUGUGCCUUCUUCCAGGAGUGUCAGAAAAAGCUGGAGCAUAAACUGGGCUUAGACUCCUAUCUGCUGAAGCCUGUUCAGAGGAUUACCAAAUAUCAGCUGCUACUGAAGGAAAUGCUGAAGUACAGCAAAAGCCUUGAGGGGGCCGAUGACCUGCAGGAGGCGCUGACCUCCAUCUUGGGCAUCCUCAAGGCUGUCAACGACUCCAUGCACCUCAUCGCCAUUACAGGAUAUGAGGGUAAUAUGACUGAGCUGGGUAAGCUGCUGAUGCAGGGGUCAUUCAGCGUGUGGACGGAGCACAAGAAAGGUCACGCCAAGGUCAAGGACCUGGCCCGUUUCAAGCCCAUGCAGAGGCACCUCUUCCUCCACGAGAAGGCCCUGCUCUUCUGCAAGAGGAGGGAGGAGAACGGGGAAGGCUACGAGAAAGCUCCGUCAUACAGCUUCAAACAGUCUCUGAAUAUGAGUGCUGUCGGCAUUACCGAGAAUGCUAAGGGAGACAACAAGAAGUUUGAAAUCUGGUGCAACUCCAGAGAAGAGGUCUAUAUUGUUCAGGCGCCAACGGCUGAAGUAAAAACCACUUGGGUAAAUGAGAUCAGGAAGGUUCUGACAACGCAGCUGGAAGCGUGCAGAGGGGUCGCUCUCCCUCUCUGUGUUUCAAAAGCGAGCCAGCAGAGGGCACCAGACCAGGUUUUCCAGUUCCCUCCUGUGCCCAGUGGAGCAGUAAGUCUCAGUCCAUUCAAGUCCGGUCAGAAGAGCCUUAAGAGGGGAGAGGAGAAGAAAGCUGAGCCCUGCAGCCCUGAUGUCAACUCCUCUUCUUCACCAAAGCCAACGGGAAAAGAUGAGGCUGUGACAAGUCCUACCUCAGACAGAGCUGCUGUGGCUAAAAAGCGCUUUACUUUACAGGGCUUCAGUAACCUCAAAACUCAGAAAGAGCCCUCAGCUAUCGAUGAUAAAAGUUUUACAUUACCAUCCAUGAAGAUCUUCCUGUCACCAGGAUCUCCCACGAGCCCCGAUCACAAGACGAAACGCCAGAGCGAUCCCACGCCAUUCGGCUUCAAAGAUGCAGGUCCUCCCCCUCUCCACAUGAACAGGGCCAGGUGGUUCAGCACUCCUAGUCUCUUACAGACAAAGUGGAGAGGCUGGAACAAGACCUCCCUGUCGCUGGAUGCUUCGGAGGAGCAUGACGGCUAUUCCAGUGCUGAGGAACCUCUUAACUCUGACCCAGAGGACGACACUGGCAAGAAGCUGUGUGUCGGCAAAUACACGGUGAUGGCUGACUAUGAGAAUGGCGGCGCUCAAGAGCUCUCGUUGAAGAGCGGAGACAUGGUGCAGCUGGUCAAAGAGGGGGAUGACGGACAGUGGUUGGUACGUAACCUGAGCAGCUCGAAGGAGGGCUGGAUCGCAGCUGCUAAUCUCAUCACGCUCAUUGAAAAGUCCAAGUCUCGCCAGUCUCUCACCAGCUCAGAGGGCAGUGGCUCUGGAAACCUCAGCACGUCGUCGAGCUGCAGCGAGACCUACACAAGCUUCUCUGACAUCAAGCCCUGAACUCAGCACCUUCCUCCAUCACCAAUCUGCCCUCGCGAAUGCUAGCAUCAUGUGGCUCUUUGUGCUGUAUUGCCAACAUCGGUAUUUUGUCAGGUUUCCACAGAAAGCUGUAUUUUUUCAUUUUUUUUAAAUCAUGCACAUUGCACCAGUUAUUAAGAUAAUACGUUAUUCAUGUGCACAUGUUCUAGACUUGACUGUGGCGCAAUUGUGCUGUGAAGAUACUGGAUAGAUAAAUACAUCACAGACAGUAAUUUCACAGUAUAGUAAAGUGAUCCUUUUCUAGUCAUACACCUGUCUGUAUAUUUUUUUUUACGAAGAACAGAGGAUCCCUGUGUUUAUAAUGUAAUAGAUGUAUGAAUGGGCCAGCGGGACUGAUCUCAGUUAAUGCAUCUAUUUGUGUUCACAUUAAAAGUGGAGAAAGAUUAGUGAUUAUAUGUGGAUGACAGUUGUGUUUGUGUUCAUCUGCAGUGAUUCACCCAGACAGGAGUUUAUAAUUCCACUGUUACUGUAAAUACAACGGAGGGAGAUAGAUAAAUACAUACAGCUUGUUUAGCUUGAAUGAAUGUUUUCUGAGAGUCUAAUCACCCCCGUGCUCUGCUUUUCCCUUUACAUGUGUUUAUUUAUUUGUAAGAAACAAAAAAAGGCCACAUAUAUUUAGUUACUUUUUACUCUCCUCCUGUCUUGUCGUUUGUCUCUCUGUUGUCAUUAGAAACCCGUUCUGCCACCAGCUGCCCUGACUAUGUGUAUGAGCUUUUUGUCUUUUGGGGUCUCUGACGGCCUCAUGCUCUAACUCUGUGAGUUUUCACGUACGCUACAGUUUAAAAGUGUUUCUCCAUGUGAAUAAUCAGACAUCGCUGUACAGUAUAGCGCUAACUUAUUCCCCAUGGAGGGAUCAUGUUCUGAAUGUAGAUAUUGUUCAUUAAUAUCCGUCUGUCAUGAAAUGUUUGUUAUUUGAGAUGCUAUAUUGUACAUUAAGUAUGGUGACGUCACUACUAUGUGACUUUUUUUUUUUACAUAAAUGACUUGUGAUAAUUCAA